UAUUUUGUGUUUUGUGUUGGAUAUUUUGGAUUUACCUUAUUUAAUUAAUUCUUUAGUAAGUGGAUCAUUUAUAAAUCAAGAUUAGUUUACUUUUCUCCUUCAACAUGUUAGCGUCGCGGGAAAGAAUGUGUUUCAUAUGAACAAAGUGAAGGCCUUCACGAGUAUUUUGUUUUGAUAUGCAAAGACCCGUGGAUGAAAAGUGCGAGAGCGAGGCCCAAUCCGACCUCGAGCGCUCUAGCAACAUGCUAGCAGCGCCUGACAACAAGAAAAAGACCGAGCUGGACAAUUUCGACGCGAAACCGAAGGCAAGUGAAGAGGACCCGAAACCACGAAUAGUGCUCACAUUUCGCUCGGAAAAGACAGGAACGCGUUCUAGCAACAUGAAAAUCGUUUCGGCCGAGGAGAAGCAAGAGGAAAUCUCGCCGCGCCGUUCCACCCGCAUCAGAAUACCCGUCAUGUGGGAUUCUGAAGAGGAGGCUGACUGUACGUCGCCCAGGAAAGAAAAAGCUGUAAGCAGUGUGUCGGAAAACGAGGAAGCUUCCGACGGGAGCACUCCCAAACGCUCUGCGCGUGGGAGAAGCAAGGAGUUCUCUGAAAAUGUCAUUGCGAACGCCAUAGCUAGGAAGGAGAAGUAUAACGACCCUGGACCUACCAAGAGGCCCUCUCGGCAGAUAAAACCGACUCCUAAGGUACUAGGGAAUAAGGAACUGAGGUGGCUGCAAUCUCAGCCGCAGAGUAAUGUUAUAGACAGGUCGGAGGACGGUGUGAUGACCCGACGGUCGGCUCGGAGGAAGAGCUUUGAAGCUGUGGAGGAGAAGAAAGUUGAGAAGGUGUUUGAGGAGGAAGAAGAUAUUGAGGCGGAAGAGAUGGAACUGGAAGAAGACCAGACAGAGGAGGCGGCAGUACAAUCAAACAAUGUUAAGAAACUGAAACACCUCUGCGAGCUGGGGCUCAGAGCCAUCAACCCUGCUGGCCUGAGUGACAGCCAGGAGGCUGAAGACAGAGACGAAGACAUCGAGGAACUAGAAGACGAUGAACUGGACGAAGAGCUCAUCAGCAAACUAGCCGAAGUGGAGACAGGUUCCGACGAGGAUGAAGAUGAUGACGACGAGUUCUUCUGCGCUGCGGACGCGUCGUGCGGUGAGAGGCCUAGAAGGUCUACUAGACUGUGCUCGGGCUAUGGAGAGGACGAUGAGGAAAUGACAGAAGAUGGGAAAUCACAGCCGCGACGCUCAUCAAGGAUACCUAAGAGUGUAGAAUACAUGUCGGACACCGAAAGCAGUAGGAACCCAGCGGGUGCUGAUGAUACGGAGGCUGCAUAUCCGGACGAAGAGUCUGGUGUCACAGCAUCUUGUUACUGCGAGGCAACCAGCAACGUUUAUGUCUCGCCUAAAGACUUGGACGAGGAGCCAGUGUUCUGCCAAGCCAUUGACCUGGUGGAUGGGAUCCGCGUCGGCUGUUCGCACAGCGCGCUGCGCACGCCGGCGGGCCUGGCGCCGCUGGUGCGGAGCGGCCCCCGCGCGCCCUACGUGCUCGCGUGCGACCAGCACAACAUUCAGCUGCGGCUGCACAUGGCGUGCGCUGCCUGCGGCUGCUUCUGCACGCAGGGCGUGUUCUACCGCUGCAACAAGAAUCACUAUUUCCACGUCGACUGCGGCAUCUCCAACGACCCCAAACAGAAGCCCGGGUGCCCCCACUGCGGCGUGUACUCUUACCGAUGGCAACCAGUCAAUAGGGAGUGCCGUAGAGUGCGGAUAACGGCUAAAUGUUCCAAUAAGAGGGUGUUCUUGCCCGAUCAGAGGGUGCAAUGCACACCAGCAUAUCUCGGCUUCUCCACCCUGGAUCCCACGAGCUUAGAACAAGACCCCAUAAUCCCUCCAGACCUACUGCCGACGCUGACGGUGGACCUCGAGGGUCUCCGGACACGGGACCCUUCAGCUACGGACGCGGGGGAUCUUUACCCCGCUGUACUGGCGGGGGCUAAGGCUGACGAACUAUUGCCUAUGAUAGUGUCCUGCCCCGACAUAAACAAGCCGGUCACACCCAGCGGCGGCACAGUGGCCCACGCAGCGGCCCGAAGAGGCCACUUAGCCGCACUGUACCUCGUACAGUACGCGGGCGCGAACAUGGACGCGGAGGACGCGCGCUCGCUCACACCGCUCAUGUGCGCCGUCAGAGCUCUCUCCAAAAAGAACCUAUCGAAGCCCAAACACACCGACUCAGACGUGGAAAUGGACGUGGACCCCGAGAGUGAGAAGGAAGACGAUAAGAGCGAGACGGGUAGCGAUGACGAGCUGCUCAAGGUCAUACGGUACCUGGUCGCCGCCGGAUGCGACGCCAAUCUGCCUGGCCCCGAAGGUAUGACGGCGCUCCACACGGCCGCCCGCUACGGGCACAAGGACGCGUGCGCCGCCAUCUUGAGCUCGGCUCGGUCGCUCGUCGACCCCCGCGACCACGGCGGCUGGACGCCGCUUGUUUGGGCGGCGGAGCACUCGCACGCAGCCGUAGUGAGAUUGCUGUUAGAGCACGGCGCGGACCCCACAGCGACGGACAUAGAAGGCAACGCGGCCGCACACUGGUGCGCCCUGGCCGGCCACGGGCCGUGCUUGAGGCUGCUGGUGGAGGCCUCACAGCGGGCCGUGGCCGCCGUCAACGCGCACAGGGACACCCCCCUACACGUAGCCGCAAGACAAGGUCACUACGCGUGCGUCGUCAUAUUGCUGGCACACGGAGCCAGGACCGACGUAGAGAACAUAGCGGGUGAGCUGCCAGUGGAGGUGUGUACGGGACAGUGUCAGAGCGCCAUCUCGCUGAAUAUGCAAAUGGCGAUCGCCUCACGAGAGCAACUCACGCGGUACAAGAUGCUAUCAAGUGACAUAUCAAACGGACGCGAGCCACACCCCAUCCCGUGCAUCAACGAAGUGGACGACACGCCCGCACCCGCAGACUUCACGUACGUGGUGCGUCACGUGAUGCCGCGACGCGUUGACGUCGAUGACACCAUUGACACACUACAGGGCUGCACGUGCACGGACGGCACGUGCUCAGCCGACACGUGCUCGUGCCAGCUGCUCGGCGUGCGCCGCUGGUUCCACAAGGGCCGUCUCGUGCCCGACUUCCCCUACCACGAACCGCCCAUGCUGUUCCAAUGCAACCACACUUGCGGCUGCAACAAGAAACUGUGCACGAAUUCGGUAGUGACACGCGCCACGGAGAACGGGUCCAUGAUGAUCCGCGCCUGCGUGUUCCGCGCCGGCGGCUCCAAGGGUUGGGGGCUCCGCGCAACGGCCAAGGUCCCCCGAGGCUCCCCGGUGGCCACGUACUGUGGGGAGCUGCUCAGCAUGGCCCACGCCGACACGCGCUCCCCGGACCACUACAUGUUCGCGCUGGACGUGAAGCCGGACCUGCUGGAGCAAUGUGAAUACAAAGUUCAGCUGUGCGUGGACGCGGCUCGUUAUGGCAGUGCGGCGCGAUUCAUCAACCACAGCUGUCAGCCGAACCUGGCACCUGUGCGGGUGUUCACCUGCAGUCGCGACCUGCGCCUGCCGGCCGUGUGCCUGUUCGCCACCAGGGACAUCGCGCACGGCGAGGAGCUCUCUUUCGACUACGGCGACAAGUUCUGGUCGGUUAAGUCGAAGUGGAUGAAAUGCGAGUGCGGCAGCCCAGAGUGCAGGUACCCGCACCAGUCCGCCGACGACGAGUGAGCCGGGAACCACAGAUCACCUCUAUGAGGGCUAAAGCGUUUAAUUUCGCCGCAUGGGCUCUUAACAAUAAGACGUUUUCACCUCAGCAGCUCGAACAAACCUUCUUUCGUCACUCCCUGGAGUGAGGAAAGUGCAACUUUCCUCACUCCAGAGAGUGAAACAAAGUAGCUUUUUAAUUCAGUGAAGGCCAUGAACUGCCACUUCAUACUUUUAUUACAAUAUUUUUCUCUAUAUUAUUCUGUGUAAUUCGAAAUACAUUUUAACCUUUAAUAUGUUCUCACUACUGAGGUGAAAAAUUAUGUGUGCAACACGAGAGCAAUGUUAUUUUACAUCUCGUGUUUUCGAGUCCCGAGAAAACAAACACUCGCAAGAAAAAGCAACUUUCCUCUCUUGUUGCACAAAUAACUAUUGUAAGAGUUAGAAAAAGCUUAAGACUUAACUUUUACAUAAAAUACGGAACGGAACUUUAGUGAUAAUUUGAUAUACCAUAAAUGUAGGAAAAUAUUCAUAAGUAAAAUAUUUCUGAUAAUUUUACAUAUAUUGGCAAUACGAGACAUAAUGCAUGUUUUUGUUAGGUCCUUGUACUUAUAUGUAUUGAUUAUUUAAUGCCGAUUUAUCUUUGUAUUUAUUUUAAAAUCAAUAAUCACUUUCAA